ACAGACAACGUCCAGGUUCACUUCGAAUUGCUUGCACGAUGCAACGCGCAACAGUUGCAUCGAGACGAGGAAAGAGAUACAUCGUCACGUGCACGUAACAUUGUUUAGACAAUAACAAUUGAGUUUGCGAAAGUCAAUCAAUUUAUAGCUGUAUAUCGAUUAGCUUUCGAUUGGAAAAAAUCACGUAAGUUCGAAUGCCGCUUGAUCCGCGUUGCCAUGGAAAUUCACGAGAGACUUUAUAUAUUGUACCGGCUUCGUAUUGAAAAUAUUUAGGUAAACAACGUGGUGUAUAAUCGACACACUUUACCAGAAUGACGGAAGAGAAACGAUUGUCGUUGGGCAUCAACGUUAGUAUUCUACUGAUACUAAUGAUAUUCGGCGUGCUUCUAUCCUUGCCUUUGCGAUUGUUAUUCGACACGAAUUAUUCCGAUCAAAACGGGGAUGAGAACAGUGUCAGUGACCCGGCUGACUCGGCGAAAGAAAAAGAACCCGUGAUACCGAUCGAUUAUCGAAAAUUAAAACGCUGUCCGAAUUUGCAAUACGAAGAUCGCUUGAUGUCGGUCUUCCUGAGCGAUUACGAUAAAAAUUGCACAUACGUGGAGGACAAGUGCGAUGAUGACGAUGAUGACGACGACGAUGACGACGAUGAUGACAGCGACUCUGAAGAAGAAGACGAUAGCAGGGAGGAUGAAGAAGAUGAGGAGAAAACCUGCGUAUCUAAGAGGAGGGGCAUCAACGAAGAAAUGAAAGAAAACGCUGAAGAGAUCUUGAAGAGUCGUCAGAUGAAGUCCGUCACGGUGGCAGGUCACAUACUCGUGGCGAUGUUGCUCGUAUCAGUCUUAGCUGCUCUCAUUGAAGUACUGCGAAUACGCUUCGCCAGGGAUAAAGAUUCGUCUAGGGCAAGCACGAUUACUUCACGGAGGUGCUCCUCCAGCGUGGACCUACCCGCCACAAGACGUCCCAUUUUAAAAGAAUUAAUUAGGAGUCAAAGGUCUUUUGAGAUACCUGGAACGCCUCGUUCCGCAUUGCGUUUGUUCGGAGCACGACCACCCCCGCUCAUUCGUCGUUCAUCGUUUCCAACGCCACAAGCAAAGCAAGCUGCUACCUCAUCUGUUUGCGGUACACCAAACAGUCGGACACGGCGUCCAUCGGCUGAAGAAGAGGACGAAAUCGGUAUUGUCACCAAUGCUCUUCACCAUCGUACCCGUUUAAUCCGACGUCAUUGAGGCGGCACGAGAAUAGUGUAUCAGUUCAUCGAAUCCUUUGCAUGUAUGCAUCGGUGACAAUACUGACAGGAGAAGUAUGCGAUCAGACAUAUGUUCUCCUACACAAGAAUUGUUGCAGUUAAAUAAGAAGUAGCGCAUCGAUAUAUUUUGAAAAGAUUAACCAAUGUAUUUUUGCUUGUCAACAGGUCGUGUGGAACACACAACGUCACAUCUAAAGACGUUUUUUAUUCUCGUGCAAUGUCUUUCGUGAAAAAUCCUUCGCUGAGUAACGGAUCCACAUGUAUCCUAUAAUACAACCCUUUACGAUGACUUUACAAGUAGUGCUCCAUCUCUGCGACACUUUUUAUAUAGAUAUAUCAUACUAUCAUUCUAUUUUCUAGCCAAAUGAUAUUUUGAUAUUAACUUGAAGAAAAUUAAUGUGCAGAAUCAAAAGAUACUACAUAUAAAAGUAAAAAGUUUACCAUAUUACUAUAGCAUGUGUUAAAAUUAGUACUUGAUAAAAUAAUCUUUACUUUUCAAAUUAAUUACACAAUACUUCAAAAUCACAUAAUCUAAACAAAAGCUAAUUACAAAUUAUUACAUUUUAACUAAUAAUGAUAAAUAUAAUAAAUUAU